UUAAGGAGCGCACGAGAGUCGGAGCCCAAAACUACAGGUGUUCGUGAUUGAAGAGCAGCAGGUGUUGAAAACGAGAACAACGAAGCAGAGCGACCUGAGAGACUUAAAACAUCACAUUUAAAAACAGGAUUCAUAUUAACUAUAUUUUUACGCAAAAACUGAUCAAUGAUCCCAAUCGGCUUAAAGCUGAGCGUGGCCCUCGUGCUUCUCUUCGGCUUCACGCGCCACCGUGUGGAGGGAAUCUGCAGUGUGGAGCAUUGCACUAACGGCACAAGGUGUGUUCUGUCUAAAGACGAAAGGAGAUGCAAAUGUGCCGUAGGAUAUUAUGCGGACCAAUGUGACAAAAAUGCCCACAUAAAAGUUAUAUGCGGCAAAGACUUCAUAGGAAUCAGAGCUAAAGAAGAUUACUUCAAGUAUCACAACGUGCCACUGGAGUCCCUGCACUUGCCCAACAGAUCUUGCCGUGCUCAGAGGGAGGUCAUCGACGGUGUGCCGUACUUCAUGUCCAAUAUAUCUAAAGACGAAUAUAAAACCUGUGGAGGCAGGCCGCUGGUGAAAAAGAAUCGCAUCUCCUACUCACUGAGUCUGCAGUCAGACCCUCAGGUUACUGGAAACAUCAUCAGAAAUCCAGUCAUUAAGUUGGACUACACAUGCAUCUAUCCAUCAGUCAGAAGAAUCAGCCUGCAUUUCCCAGUCAUCCACUUUUCCAGUGAGAUGAUUAUGCAUGUAGAUGAGCUUGAUGCCAAGAUACAGAUGAUGUUGUACACAGACCAUUCCUAUUCCAAGGCCUACAGCAGUGCUCCCACCAUUGAACUCCGAGACAAGGUGUAUGUGGAGGUUUCUGUCACAGAGCCUGCAGAUUUCUUCCUGCUCCGGGUUGAUAGAUGUUGGGCCACACAGUCUCCCCAGCCGAACGCUACAGAGGAAUUGGUUUACACUCUGCUUUUGAACGGGUGUGUGAAUGACGAAACUGUUUCCUUUCUCAACGUGAGCGCCGGACAGUCUGGCCGUAACGGAGAGAGUUCCACCAUUCGCUACAGCUUCGACAUGUUUCGCUUCACAGCAGAGCCUCACGACCUCUAUCUGCACUGCACCGUUGAGCUGUGCAUACCAGAAGACUACAAGUCCUGCACACCUAACUGUAAUUCAAUUAGAAAGAGAGAAGCGGUGAGAGCAGACCCCUCUCAAGGCCUCCUAUCAUAUGGACCCAUCAGGAUUGAAAUGCCAGACAGACCUCAAUCCAGCAUACUGGCGACGGUGGUGCUGCCUGUAGCAGGUGUCUGGACUGUGGGCUUCUUCCUCAUUAUCCUCAUUACUGUGGCCAAGGCAGGCAGCAGGAGGCUCACCAAAACUGAGGAGCACUGACUGUUGGCAGCUUGAAUAAAACUUUAAAAAAAG